CUCCACUAGAGAGAGUCCUGCGGGGAGAGAGAAAGGCUUGACUGGGCGCUCAAGUUCCAAACUCAUCACUAUCACUGGAGCUUGCCGCGCUGUCGGGGAGUGGGACUGUCUGACUGACUGACUGACUGGCUGACUAGUGACUAACCGUGAUUUGUGAUUUAGACAUCCUUAUCUUUCUGGGAAAGUGGGAAUUCCUCCUAUUUUCCUUUCCUUCCCUUUGACACAGAAGAGAGACAGAGAGAUUUAUUGAGCCUUUCUCUCCGGACAUGUCUUUCUCGCAGCUGGGGUACUCCCAGUUUCUAAGUGGCUCCCAGGAGGUUUACGGGGGCGACCGGGCCGGCUUAGGCCGGGAUGGAGGCGCGGAUGGCGGCGUGAAUCAGGCAGCUACUGCCGCUGCUGUUAGCUCGAUGCUGGGGAUGUAUGGUAACCCGUGGGCGGCUCAGAACUACAGCGCGUUUCUCCCCUACAGCGGUGCAGACCUCGCCCUCAUAUCGCAAAUGAACCCCCAGUACGAUCUGAAGGACAGCCCAGGAGCCCACCCGGGAGGUCUGGCUGUCCACGCUAGCGCAGGGUUCUACCCGUACGGCCAGUAUGGCUAUGGCGACCCGAACCGAGCCAAGGCCGCUACGAGGGAGACCACCAGCACUCUGAAGGCCUGGUUGCAGGAGCACCAGAAGAACCCGUACCCCACCAAGGGAGAGAAGAUCAUGCUGGCCAUCAUCACCAAGAUGACACUCACACAGGUGUCCACGUGGUUCGCCAACGCGCGCCGGCGUCUGAAGAAGGAGAACAAGGUGACGUGGGGCCGCAGCGCGGAGGACCGGGAUGGACGGAUCUUCAGCAGCGACAAUGAGGACGAGCCUGAAAAACACGGGAGCGAGGAUGAAGAGGAGGAGGAGAUCGAUUUAGAAAGUAUCGACAUCGAUAAAGUCGAGGAGAACCCAGGAGAUCAGAGGGAAGUGGAGGGAGAGGGGAAGUUGGCCGCCAGGGACGCAUCGGAUUCUGGUAGCUUGGAGAGCCAGAGGACGAUGUCUGUCAAGGCCCUCAGAAGUACGGAGGGGCCUAUUUCUCCCAUUAAGGCGCCUGUUGGUCCUUGUAAAAACGCUGUGGAUCUUUCCCCCAAUGCACCGGUGUGCCAGAGGCCCCCACAGAACAAGCCCAAAAUCUGGUCUCUGGCUGAGACGGCCACAAGCCCCGACAGUUCCAUCAAACCUUCCCCGGCUGUCUCGAUUCCUCACCAGGCCACGAUCCCCUCCCACCACCCGGCCCUACUCCCGGGUCAUGGAAUAUACACAUGCCAGAUCGGGAAGCAGCUCCACAACUGGGCCAACGCGGCGUUCCUCAGCGCCAACUCUCUGCUGGGUGUCAGGUCGCUUCUUGGCGCGGCUAACCCAGCCGGACACCACAUGCCUCUCCAUGGCGCGCUGAACCAUCAGGACGCACGGUUGACGCAGGCCUCAGGGGCAUCGUGCACAGAGGAGGAGAGUGGAGAUGAGUCGUUGGAGAGCUUCAGUCCAAAGCGAGAUGAUGACGUGAAUAUUCGCAGGUCUGGCUCGCCGAAGUCUCCCUUCCAGCUGAUUACUGACAGAUCUCACCAUGGAACGGUGCAGCGGGCCCUCUCGACAAUUUCCACAAUAUGAACAGUGAAGAGUUAUCAUCGGAGAAUAAUCUGGAAUACUUAUUUAACGAAGAACAAUUUAUCGAAUAGUCUAAUAUUUUUGUGAGUGAAACGUAAGAUUUCAACUCGUCAGAUUUUAAAACAGUAGGCCUAUAUGAUGCGAGACAAGAUUCAUAGCCAAUAGGCCUGUGUUUUUGAUCACACACAUUUUCCGUAUUGCCAUUUAUACUCGCAAUGUUUGUCUUUGCUGUGUAUUUUUGUUUUCUGUUUUAUUUUCUAUGAAAAAGUUAUCGACAUGUAAAUAAUUUGUUUUAAAGGAUAUAUUUUUGAGAAAUAAACUCAAUCGUGGUCAUGGACUUUGA